UAAAAAGGGGGUCCACGUAAAUUUUCCUUGACAGUGCAUCGAGAAAUUCAUCUUGCCGGUUGGCUUAUUCAAUUUUCCAAAGGUAAAAUGCAUUUUCUAAAGAUUUUCGCGGUAGUUUUGCUGGCCACUUGUGCCCUGGCCAAAGAAGAAGACGUCCUGGACCUUAUGGACCAUGAUUUUGAUUCUAGACUAGCCGAACACGACACUGCUUUGGUCAUGUUUUAUGCCCCAUGGUGUGGUCACUGUAAACGUCUGAAACCAGAAUACGCCAAAGCCGCAGAAGAUCUCAUCAGAAACGACCCUCCGGUCGCCCUGGUAAAAGUCGACUGUACCGAAGGCGGAAAAGAAACUUGCAACAAAAACUCUGUCAGCGGAUACCCGACAUUGAAAAUUUUCCGUAACGGUGAAUUCUCCCAAGAUUACAACGGGCCUAGAGAAGCGAACGGCAUUGUAAAGUACAUGAAAGCUCAAGUUGGUCCAGCCUCCAAAGAACUCAAAUCUGUGGCUGACUUGGAAAAAUUCUUGGCUGCCGAAAAAGAAUCUGUUGUAGUUGGUUUCUUUGAAAAGGAAUCCGAUCUUAAAACUGCCUUCUUGCAAUUGGCUAACAAGUUGAGAGAAAAAGUCCAAUUUGCCCAUUCAUCAUUUGCCGCUGUUUUAGAAAAACAAGGAACCACUGAUGGAGUUGUUCUAUUCCGUCCUGCCCAUUUGAAAAACAAAUUUGAAGAUGCUUCUGUUACAUAUUCAGGAAAAGCUGAUUCUGCUGACUUGAAUGAAUGGGUCACCAAAAACUUCUAUGGUUUAGCAGGUGUACGUAAAGGUGACAACCAACGCGAAUUCAAGAACCCACUUGUAGUGGUUUAUUACGGAGUUGACUAUGUCAAGAACCCUAAAGGAACCAACUACUGGCGUAACAGAGUAUUGAAAGUAGCCAAAAACUUUGAAGGCAAAGUAAACUUUGCUAUAUCACCAAGCGACGAAUUUACUCACGAAUUAAAUGAAUUCGGAAUUGAAUUUGCUCAAGCUGACAAACCAAGAGUAGCUGCCAGAGACGCCAAUGACAAAAAAUACGUACUCAGAGAAGAAUUCUCUGUAGAAGCUCUCGAAUCUUUUGUUAAUGAUCUUUUGGAAGGCAACUUGGAAGCUUACAUUAAAUCUGAACCCAUUCCAGAAAGUCAAGAUGGUCCAGUGGUUGUAGCUGUUGCCAAAAACUUCGAUGACGUUGUUACUAACAAUGGAAAAGAUACUUUGAUUGAAUUUUAUGCUCCUUGGUGUGGACAUUGUAAGAAAUUGGCUCCUACUUUUGAUGAAUUAGCAGAAAAACUUAAAGAUGAAGAUGUUUCCAUUGUCAAAAUGGAUGCCACAGCAAAUGACGUUACUGGUCCAUUUGAUGUUCGAGGUUUCCCCACUUUAUACUGGGCUCCUAAAGACAAAAAGAGCAGUCCUGUCAGAUACGAGGGUGGACGUGAAGUAGAUGAUUUCGUGAAAUACAUUGCUAAAGAAGCAACCAAUGAAUUGAAGGGUUGGGAUAGAAGCGGUAAUCCCAAGGAUGUUAAGACUGAAUUGUAGAUUGUUGUGUUAUUUAAGUUAUUUUGUAUUUUUAUACCCGUGCCGGGCCUUCAAACACACACAAAAACAUUUGCUUUAUACAUUUUGAACAGAUUUAUUUUAGGUUUUCGAAAAGUAUAUUUUUUCAAUUAUCCAAUGUAAUUUGUGGAACUUUAUUUUACUGUUCCUUCCAUCAAUGUGAACUUCCUAGAAAGUUAUCAAAUAAGAAGCUAUAUUGUUUUGAUCCUACAUGUUUAGCUUUAAUUUUUUUUUAACAGGCACUUUUUGCAAUACUCUGUAGGUUUGUUGUAGAUUCGACACAAUAUGGCUUUUUUUUGGUUUAUGUUGUAAUGAUGUAAAUUAUUUAAUAGAGAAAUCAAUUUACAACUUCUAUAA